CUUCCAAUGAAGAAUGGUGAGCCGGUGGGAUCCACCUUAGCCGAUGGUACAGGUGGGCAAACAGUGGGCCCAGUUGCCUACGCUCACGUCAGCAUCUACCCCUCUUUUCCGCCGUAUAUAUACCUGUGCCCCCAUCCUGCUGCUCCUUGCAUCGAUCCCUACCGAAUAAUAUUCUGCAGUAGUUUCUCGAGCUCCUGUAGCAAGAAAGAAACCAUGUCGGGGGUAUGGGUGUUCGAGGACGGGAUCGUGCGGCGUGCGGACAGCGACCCGCCCAGCGGCGCCGGCGCCGGCGGGUCCCGGCCGAACAAGGUGCUGGUGCACGUUCCCAGCGGGGAGGUGGUGACGUCGUAUGACGUGCUGGAGCGGCGGCUACGCGAGCUCGGCUGGGAGCGCUACCUCUACGACCCCUGUCUGCUCCAGUUCCACCAGCGCUCCACCGUGCACCUCAUCACCGUACCCCGUGACUUCUCCCGCCUCAAGCUGGUCCACAUGUACGACGUCGUCGUCAAGACCCGAAACGUCUUCGAGGUCCGUGACGCCGCCCCUGCCUGAUGGUCUUCGUGGCGACGCAAGCUGCUGCUGUGUGCCUAUUAGCUUCGUGCAAGCUCGUCGGACCGGCUGGUACUGGAGCCCUAUCGCCGCCGUAUCAACAUACGUGCGCAUGUAUUGUAUGUUUGUGAUUGGUACUGAUCGAGUACUUACGUGUGAUUUGCAUGGCGCAGCGCGUUCGUGUGGCUGCUUCUUGCAUGCUGUCCUACUUUGUCUGCCGCCGAAUAAAUGUACGCGAGAGCGCCGCCGCCGUCGCCGUCGCCGUAUGCUUCUUAUAUAUCCGGAUUUGAGGGUGUGUUCUUUGACUCUUUAGUAUUAGUCACUUUCUAGAAUACCAAAUGGGUUGAGGAUUUCUAGGAACUAAUAUUUAGUUCCUAGAGUUUAGACACGGGUGACUAAAGAAAUCAAACGUUCCAUAUUGCUUCUCUCUAUAUAAAUAUACAUUGAUUUUUAAGCCCAGUCAUGGUUUAUAAUAUCUAAUUUUUAGUAUUCAACUUUGUCAAAAAAAGUUCAAUUGUAUAACCUUGAUUGUUACCCUUUUUUCCGUUAUCACACACACAUACACAGAUACCCGGUAGUAGAAAUGGAUCUCUCUCUCUCUCUCUCUAUAUAGUGUGUAGCGUGUGUGUGAAUUUUUUACUUAUACGGUAGUUAUUUUCAUAUUUAUAUAUCUUUAGAUUUAGAAUGUGUAUGGUUUGACAAACUGUAUGUGCAUAGAGUAUAUAUUAUCGUAUUAUAUUAAGUAUGAUUAUACUUAUUUUAUAGGCUACUAUAAUUAUAUGUUACAAAAAUAUAUAUUAUAUAUAUAUGGCAAAUUGCAGAACGGUAUGUAUGUGUGUGUACACACACAUAUAUAUUGAUUUUGACAUCUCAACUUUUUGGAUU